GUUCCUUCAUGCACUUCAGAAGUCGAGUGCAAGUUGGCGGCUGGAGCUGAUGAGCAAUUGUGCUCGCAUUUUGGGUGGCUUCUGCUCCAGAGUGAUCGGAAACCUUCGCAGAUCUCCGAGGGACCAGGACGGAUCGGUUUUCAGCCAAACAAGCAUCAUCAGGAGGUUUCCAACAUGUGAACGUUUGGCCGUCCUGUGCAGCCCUAAAAAACGGCUCAGAAGCUCUAUCGUUCAGUCACAGAACUAGCAGUAGUAUUUGGCCCUCAGAUGGCACCCAGAGCUGCAGCUCUGUUGACCUGUGUCCAUGUAGAAUGCUUGUUGAAUAUGGGAGGGAAAAGAAAAAAACAACAGAAAAGUAAAUCACUGUGAAAUUAUAACGUUAAGUGCUAGAGAUCCCAGUGUUUUGAACAUUUUUCCUCAAUAACACUGAGUCAUAACCACAUAUGAGUGGUUUCGGGAGAAAGAGCUUAUUUGCAAAAUACUUCUGCAGGUUUAUGGACUUCCCUUGUGACACUGCCUUUAAAUUUGGAGCCUUGACUAAGCAUUCCACUGACCUCAUCGAAAUAUGCCUAAUAUGAAAAAACACUUUAUAUAACAAGUCAGUGUGGUGCAGACAGAUGGCGGAGCGCUUGUUUCGUGCAUGGCCGCUUUUAGUUACUCUCGCUUAUCAAGAGUGGGGGAUAAUGCUUACCUUAGGACACUAUUUAAAAGGACGAUUACAUCUGAACCACAUGUUGCAUUUGCUUUUAAUAUCCCUGCCUUGAAUAGAUCUGUGUGGGGAGAAAAGCAGAAACGCUGUGUUUGGCUAGCAGUAAUAUGCGAGUGGCACGUACAGUAUAAUGCUAUUACAGGUUUUGGACAGCUCUCCUAAUGCGUCUCCCGUUCUCUUUGCUUUCUCAGGACAGAGGGAUCCAUUUCCAUGUGGCAUACGUGCGACUCUAGCUACAUUUUCAUCACAGAGUGUCUUUCAGAAACAUCAGCCUGGUGCUCUGAUAAUGUGCGAGGAGGAUUACCAGCAACGCUUCAUCACAAACAGACACGUUUCUGAGCGGCUCGAGCUCCUGUACACGAGGUGGCACUACACGUUUCUGUGAGCGUCAGUCAAACAGCCGGGCUGACCGAGAAAGACGAGCGCUUCUGUCAUGGAACAGCGGCCGUGAGAAACAAGAUCUCAGAGGUUGAGCUCCACAGAGGGUCAUGAACCGGCCAAAGCCGACCAGCAUUAGGCGCCCUAGUGGCGCCAAACCAUCGGGUCACCCACCACCAGGAGACUUCAUUGCUUUGGGGGCCAAAAGCCAAGCCAGUGAAGCGAAAGCAAGUCCAGCACUACUGAAACCGGCUUCUGCGGGUUUGCCAGCAGACCGUAAGAGAGAGGCCUCCUCAGCUUUGCCAUCCUCUUCAGGCCUGUCCAGCCUGGCUAAGCGGCCCAAACACUCUUCCACCCCACCCAGCGCACUUUCUCGCCUGGCUGAAGUAGCAGCUGUUGACAAAAGGGCAAUAUCACCCUCUAUCAAAGAGCCGUCUGUUGUGCCCAUUGAGGUACCUCCAGCUGUGCUCCUGGAUGAGAUUGAAGCGGCAGAGGCUGAUGGCAAUGAUGAGCGCAUUGAGGGAGUGCUUUGUGGAGCUGUCAAGCAGCUGAAGAUUAACCGGGCCAAGCCUGACAUCACCCUUUACCUCAGCCUCAUGUUCCUGGCCAAAAUUAAGCCCAACGUGUUUGCCACAGAAGGAGUGAUAGAGGCCUUGUGCAGCCUUCUUCGUCGUGAUGCCUCCAUUAACUUCAAGGCCAAGGGGAACAGCCUGGUCUCUGUUCUGGCUUGCAACUUACUAAUGGCAGCCUAUGAAGAGGACGAAAAUUGGCCUGAGAUCUUCGUAAAAGUAUACAUCGAGGACUCUCUUGGGGAACGAAUCUGGGUAGAUAGCUCCCACUGUAAAACAUUUGUAGACAACAUUCAGACUGCUUUUACCACCAAGAUGCCCCCGAAGAGCAUGCUGCUUCAGACUGAAACAGGCCGCUCUGGAGGAGAUCUCAGCGCAGGUAACAGCCCUCAUCCCUCAACUCCUGAUGAAGAUGACAAUCAGGCUGAGCUCCUGAUUGCAGAGGAGAAGCUAAGUCCAGAAGAGGAAGGACAAGUCAUGCCCAGGUAUGAAGAGCUGGCAGAGAGUGUGGAGGACUACGUGCUGGACGUGUUGAGGGACCAGCUGAACCGCAGGCAGCCAAUGGACAAUGUGUCCAGGAACCUGCUGCGUCUGCUUACAGCCACCUGCGGCUACAAGGAAGUGCGACUGAUGGCUGUGCAGAGGCUGGAGAUGUGGCUGCAGAAUCCAAAGCUGACAAGACCAGCGCAGGACCUCCUCAUGUCUCUGUGUAUGAACUGCAGAACUCACGGGUCUGACGACAUGGAGGUGAUCUCGAAUCUCAUCAAGAUCCGUCUCAAGCCUAAAGUGCUCCUAAACCACUACAUGCUGUGUGUCAGGGAGCUCCUGAAUGCACACAGAGACAACCUGGGCACAAUGGUUAAACUUGUGAUCUUUAAUGAGCUGUCCAAUGCCAGAAAUCCUAACAACAUGCAAGUGCUUCAUACAGUGUUGCAGCACAGUCCAGAGCAAGCCCCAAAGUUCCUGGCCAUGGUCUUCCAAGACCUGCUGACCAACAAGGACGAUUACCUGCGAGCAUCACGCGCCCUGCUGAGAGAGAUCAUCAAACAGACCAAGCACGAGAUCAAUUUCCAGUCCUUCUGUCUGGGCCUCAUGCAGGAGAGGAAGGAGCCCAUGUAUGCAGACAUGGAGUUUAAAGAAAGAUUUGUUAUCCAGGUGACUGAUCUGUUGACUGUUUCCAUGAUGCUGGGCAUCACAGCACAGGUCAAAGAAGCUGGCAUUGCAUGGGACAAGGGAGAGAAGAAGAAUCUGGAGGUACUCAGAGCCUUUCAGAACCAGAUUGCUGCCAUUCAGAGAGAUGCCGUGUGGUGGCUACACACUGUGGUUCCUACCAUCAGCAAAUUAGGGCCUAAAGACUACGUCCAUUGCCUCCACAAAGUGCUGUUCACAGAGCAGCCUGAGACAUAUUACAAGUGGGAUAACUGGCCUCCUGAAAGUGACAGAAAUUUCUUCCUGCGGCUGUGCUCAGAGGUCCCUUUGCUGGAGGACACGCUGAUGCGCAUUUUGGUGAUCGGCCUGUCUCGAGACCUGCCCCUGGGCCCAGCUGAUGCCAUGGAGUUGGCUGAUCACUUAGUGAAGAGAGCUGCAGGGGUCCAGUCAGAUGAUCUGGAUGUACUACGUGUGGAGAGGAUUCAGCUUAUAGAUGCCGUGCUGAACUUGUGUACAUACCAUCACCCAGAAAACAUCCAGCUGCCUGCAGGGUAUCAACCCCCAAAUCUGGCCAUAUCUACACUUUACUGGAAAGCCUGGCUCCUGUUGCUUGUGGUCGCAGCCUUUAACCCACAGAAAAUUGGUCUGGCAGCAUGGGACGGUUACCCCACUCUGAAAAUGCUCAUGGAGAUGGUCAUGACCAACAACUAUUCCUACCCACCAUGCACGGUGGCUGAUGAGGAGACGAAGACAGAGAUGAUUAGCCGUGAGCUACAGAUCUCCCAGAAGGAGCGACAGGAGAUCCUGGCCUUCGAGAGUCACCUGGCAGCUGCCUCCACCAAGCAGACCAUAACAGAGAGCAACAGCCUGCUGCUGUCUCAGCUCACCAGCCUGGAGCCAAAAGGCCCUCCACGCAGACCCCCGCCACACAUCCAGGAGCAGGUCAAGAGUCUAAAUCAGUCCCUCCGCCUGGGCCACCUGCUGUGCCGCAGCCGCAACCCAGAUUUCCUGCUCAACAUCAUUCAGAGACAGGCAUCUUCUCAGUCUAUGCCAUGGCUGGCUGACCUGGUGCAGUCCAGUGAGGGGUCCUUAGAUGUCCUGCCUGUUCAGUGCCUGUGUGAAUUCCUGCUCCAUGAUGCAGCUGAUGACACACCAUCUGCUGAUGAUGAAGACGAAGGAGAGAGCAAAGAGCAGAGAGCAAAGAAAAGACAGAGGCAGCAGAAGCAGAGGCAGCUCCUGGGUCGGCUGCAGGACCUGUUGUUGGGGCCUAAGGCAGAUGAGCAGACCACUCACGAAGUGCUAGAUUACUUUCUGCGCAGACUAAGCUCCUCUCAGGUGGCAUCCAGAGUGCUCGCCACGAAGGGCCUAUCCCUGGUGCUGUCAGAAGGGGGGCUGAAGGAUGGAGAGGAGAGGGACCAGCCGAUGGAGGAGGACUCCAGGGAUGCUGAGCUGCUGCCGGCAUACCAGUGGCUUCUUCAGGACCUGCCCAAACUGCCACUAUUUGACAGUGUGAGGAGCAUGACAGCCAGCGCCCUCCAGCAGGCCAUUCACAUGGAGACAGAUCCUCAGACCAUCAGUGCUUAUCUGAUCUACCUCUCCCAGCAUGCACCAGUGGAGGAGCAGGGCCUGCAUAAUGACCUGGCGCUGGAUGUUGCCCGGCUGAUUGUGGAGCGCUCUACCAUCAUGAACAGUCUGUUCUCAAGGCACUCAUGUAGGCCAGAGUCAGAUGCUGUGCUCACUGCCCUCAUCUCCAUCUUCUCCACCUACAUCCGCCGCAUGAGGAAGACAAAGGAGGGGGAAGACCUCUACAGUUGGUCGGAGUCUCAAGACCAGGUGUUUCUGCGUUGGACCACAGGUGAAACUGCCACCAUGCAUAUCCUGGUUGUCCAUGCUAUGGUCAUUCUGCUCACUCUGGGACCACCUAAGGGGGAAAGUGACUUCUGCGUUCUGCUAGACAUUUGGUUUCCCGAUAAAAAGCCACUUCCUACUGCUUUCCUGGUGGACACCUCUGAGGAGGCACUUCUGUUGCCUGACUGGCUGAAGUUGAGAAUGAUCCGCUCAGAAGUCUCCCGAUUGGUUGAUGCAGCACUCCAAGAUUUAGAGCCCCAGCAGCUGCUGCUCUUUGUGCAGUCCUUCGGCAUCCCUGUGUCCAGCAUGAGCAAGCUUCUGCAGUACUUGGAUCAGGCCGUCUCCCAUGACCCACAGACGCUGGAGCAGAACAUCAUGGACAAAAACUACAUGGCGCAUCUGGUGGAGGUGCAGCAUGAGAGAGGUGCCACCGGAGGGCACACUUUCCACAGCUUACUCAGUGCUUCACUUCCUCCCCGCAGAGACAGCGCAGAGGUGAGCCGGGCUAAGGUCACAGUAGAGACGCCCCACGGCUCGGUGAAGAUGAGAACCUUGGGUCAAGUGCCUGUCAUCGGCCCUGAAGACGAUCUCACUGGUGUUCUGCUACAGCUGUUCCCUCUGAAGGUGGACCCACGCUGGCCCGCGCCCCCUGCCCGCCCAGUAGCUCUGGCCCUGCAGCAGGCACUGGCUCAGGAGGUGCUGCGUGCACGGCAGGGCCUCAGCCAGCAAAGUGGCACUGCUGCACGUCUCUUGCAAGCCCUGGCAGCCCUCCUCAGCUCCGCCCACGCUGGAGCUCUGGUUAUGGCCAUGCAUCACAGCCACGCCCUCUCAUGUCCUUUGCUGCGCCAGCUGCACCUCUAUCAGCGGUUGGCGUCUCAAGACGUGGUGUUCGCCUCACUCUUCUUUAAAGUGGUCAUGCAGAUGUUGACAUGGUUGGAGAGCUCGGCGGUGGAGGCAGGCCCCCUCAACACCCUGCUGAAAUCUCUGGCCGCCCAGUACUCUCACAAGCACCGUGUCACUGAUGUACGUACAGGCUUCCUGCACCUGGCAGAGGCUCUGGCAUACAGGCGGGAUUCGGAGGUGGCAGUGAGAGGCAUUAUCGCCUCCCUUAGGGCUGGAGACAGAUGCAAUGCCGAACCUGACCUCAUCAGAAAAGUCCUACAGGGACUAAUGGAGAUGAAGUCCCCAUAUCUGGAGGAACUGCUAUCCCUGCUUAUGACCGUCGGUACAGAGACGGGAGCGCCCGGCAACACGACCAACCUUGUUGCCAUGGUGAUCUCUUUGCUGCUGCAGGAGACAGAGGAGAGAGGGGUGAAGAUGGAGACAGACUCUAAAGUCUUGGAAGGGAAAAGGACCAGUUCCAGCUCAGGGCUGUUGGUUGACUGGCUGGAGCUACUUGACCCUGAGGUGACCUCUGUCUGCUCAGACCUCCAGCAGAAGCUGCUCUUCUCCUUAAACAAGGGUAAAAGUGGAGGAGUGUGUUCAGCACCCUCCUACAGGCCCUACCUGCUGGCCCUGCUCACUCACCAGUCUAAUUGGAGCACUUUGCACCAGUGCAUCAGCACGCUGCUCAACAGACCAAGAGAGCACAGGGUGGACCCCUCCUCAGCUCUGGACUUCCUGUGGGCCUGCAGUCACAUCCCUCGCAUCUGGCAGGGCAGAGACCAGAAAACUCCACAGAAGCGUACCGAGAAGUUUGUGUUGAAGCUGACCUCUGAUGAGCUAAUCAGUUUGGUGGACCUGAUUCUGUGUGAAUCGGAGCUGAGCUGGCGGGACACAGGCCAGGCUAAAGACGCACUGGAUCAGGCCUCCUGUUCCCUCAUCCAGUCCCGCUUACCCCUGCUCCACAGCUGCUGCCACGGCGACCUGCAGAGCAUCCGCAACGUCUCCGAAUACCUUAUCAACUGCAUCAAGAAGUGGGGAGACAGUGUGAUGAGCAGGAGGUGUGAGAACCUGCUGCUGCAGAUCUACCUGCACUUCCCUGAGGUCAUCCAGCAUGUGCGUUUGCCUGAUGCUACGCUGAGCGGCGAGGCUGCUGCUGACGGAAGCACCUGCAAGCUGGACGUUCUAGUGCAUCGUCUCAUCACCCUUCUGGCUGAUACGGGAGAUUCCAAAUCAGCUGAAAGCCGUGUCUCUGAUGCUAACCUUGCCUGCAGGAAGCUCGCUGUGUCCCACCCCGUGCUUUUGCUCAGGCACCUGCCUAUGAUCGCUGCCCUAUUGCAUGGCCGGAUCCACCUGAACCUUCAGGAGUUCAGGCAGCAGCACCACCUGACCUUCUUCAGCGAUGUGCUGGCCAUCCUAGAGCUGCUGCAGCCACUAGUCUUCCAUUCAGACCACCAGAGGGCGCUGCAGGACUGCCUGCUUUCCUUCAUUAAAGUGCUGCAGAACUUCAGGAGAUUGUCCCGUAUGCCAAUCAUUACAAAAUUUGUGCAGUUCAUUCAGAAAUACAUAACCCACGACGCAGCAGCUGCUGUGCCUUAUCUUCAGAAGCACUCUGGUGUCCUACAGGGACUCUCCUCAGAGAAUCCAGAUUUGGUGCAGCUGAAGUCUCUGCUGGCUGGUCUUACUCUGCCUGUGAAGACGGGAUCCUCAGAGAUCACUGCAGACGAGAGAGAUGCUGAAGAAUCAUCCUCUGGUUCCCUGCCCCUGGUCAGUAUUUCAGCCUCAACCCCUCUCACCUCAGCAGACAUGACCAAAUACCUGAAGAAGAUCUCUAGAGGGGAAGCCACUGAAGAUGUGCUGGAGGUCUUAACUGAGGUGGAUGAGAAAUCCAAGAGGAAUCCUGAAAUAAUCCAGUAUUUUGUGAAUGACCUGCAGAGACUUAUGAGCUCACCAGAGGAACUGUGUCGCAACAUGGCCUUCAGUCUAGCACUGCGCUGCAUUCAAAACACUCCCAGUCUAGCCGCAGACUUCCUGCCUACCUUCAUGUACUGUAUGGGCAGUGGGAACUUUGACGUUGUGCAAACAGCCUUGAGGAACCUUCCAGAAUAUGUGUUGCUCUGCCAAGAGCACGCUGACAUUCUGCUCCAUAAGGCCUUCAUAGUGGGAAUUUAUGGCCAGAUUGAUACCAGCUCUAUGAUAUCAGAGUCCAUGAAGGUCCUGCACAUGGAGGCCACAACUUAGACCAUCCGUUCCUGCUCCGUUUUUGUUACUGAAAGCAUUUUGUUCAGUUUUUCCUUUUUUUCAGUGUAACGUCACUUAAUGAGUUUUGAUUUUAGAUGUAUUGUGACCUGUUGAAAAGACUGAUGAAAGGACAAAGCAGAUAAACCUAUAUGAAUGAUUUUGGUGGGGGUUUUUGAGACAUUGACAUUGAUCACUAACUUUCUUUUCUAGAGUGCUUUGCAUAAUAAACAAAAGGUGUCUGAAUAUGUA